AUGUCUAAGGAAGCCGAUCAGACGGUCAUGACGGAGAAGACGCCCGUGGAGUCGGACGGCUCGGUGCAGUACCACGAGGAUGUCAGCAUCAAGCCGCAGGGCAGCGCCGUCAACGCCUUCCUGGUCGCCACAUGCACCGUCUUCGCCGCCGCCUCGUUCCUGUUCGGAUUCGACGACAAGGUCAUCUCGCCCAUUGUCGCGCUCGAGCCGUUUGUCGACAGGUACCAGGGGCCCAACCCGACCACCAACAAGCUCGUCUUCACCGCCCGCAACCAGAACCUGCUGUUCGCGGUGCCGCUGGUGGGCUCCAUCCUCGGCGCGCUCGCGGCGUACCCGCUCAACAACAAGUUCGGGCGCAAGUGGCCGCUGGUCGGCUCGUACUUCAUCUCCAUCGGCGGCUGCUUCCUGCAGCUGUUCGCGCCCAGCCUGGGCGGCUUCAUCGCCGGCCGGUUCUGGAACGCCUUCGUCAUGGGCAUCGCCAACUCGACCGCGCCGCUGUACCUCGGCGAGACGGUGCCCGUGGCCAUCCGCGGCCGGGUCGUGGCCUCGAUCAACAUCAUGAACCUGCUCGCCGGCGUCGUCGCCACCCUGGUCGUCUACGGCACGCACACCCGGCUCGACAAGCUGUCGUACAUGGUGCCGCUCGCGGUGCAGUGCUGCCUGCCCGUCGUGCUGAUCCCGCUCACGGCGGUGCUGCCCGAGAGCCCGCAGUGGCUGAUCGGCAAGGGCCGCAUGGACGAGGCCUUCGCCAGCCUGCGCAAGCUCCGCGGCUUCAGCGACGCCGAGGUGCGCGACGAGCUGCGCAUGAUGAAGAUGUGCGAGGACAACGAGCGCAACCAGUCGCUCGAGGUGUCCUUCUGGAGCAUCUUCGACCGCCAGAACCUCAAGCGCACCAUCACCGCCGGCUCCUUCUUCUCCUUCAACCAGUGCUCCGGCGUCUUCCUGUCCACCACGUACGCCACCGUCUUCCUCGUCGACAUCGGCGUCGCCUCGCCCUUCGCCCUCACCAUCAUCGCCUCGUGCUGCACCCUCGCCGGCACCAUGGUCGCGCCGCUCCUCAUCGACCGCUUCGGCCGCCGCCCGCUCGCCCUCGCCGGCAUGGCCAUGCUGCUCGCCAUCGACGUCGCCGCCGGCGGCCUCGCCUUCGACAUGGGCGACAAGACCAAGGUCCUCGGCAUCGCCGCCCUCUCCUUCAUCUUCAACUUCUUCUGGGCCAGCUCCUUCUACUCGCUCUCCAACGUCAUGCCCACCGAGAUCGCCACCAUCAAGCUGCGCUCCUACACCAUGUCCUACACCAUCGCCUGGGCCCAGACCACCGCCGUCAUCACCACCAUCGCCGUGCCGCAGCUGACGGCCGCCGACGGCGCCAACCUCGGCGCCAAGACGUAUCUCAUCUUCGCCGGCUGCAUGGUCGGCAUCAUCUUCUUCGUCUUCUUCCUCAUGCCCGAGACCAAGAACCGCACCUUUGCCGAGAUCGACGAGAUUUACGACGCCAAGGUCCCCAUGUGGCGCUGGGCUGAUUAUCAGACGACGACCGAGGCGAAGCAGGCCAAGGAUUUGCCGCCCGUGGUGGCCAAGAUGCUGGAGGAGUAG